CAUUACUUUCUACAACACACAACAAAGGCCCAUACAAAGUAAUUUGUGGUUAAACUGGAAAGAGAAUUUAUAUUUCAGAUAGACAAGAUGCACUCAUGUAACUACAUAACCCUUGAACUGAAACAAAGGAAAUCUAAAAUGAUGACAUAUUUUCCAUUAACUCAGGCUUAGCAUCUGGAAAACAUAGCUCCCAGAGCCAAGUACAACCCCUGUCUUGGCACGCAAUAAAAGCUCAGUAGUUUGUAGAACAUGGAGGGCUUGUGCCAUAUCAGAUAGCCCAUUUCCAAUGGCAUUUUUAGACAAGGUGGAAGAUUGUGUCAUGGCUCAUUCUUUGUUGGAAAAGAAGAAAGAAAAGAGGGAAAUAUGCAGGUAUUUUAAAGGAUUACAUUCAAAAUAUAUGCAUAUUUGGGAAGAUCGGUUUGGUGUCUUUAGUCUUUGGACAGGUGAAUUUUUAAGUACUUGUCUUUGCAAGUUAAAAAUUCAGCUGUUUGGUGCAAACUUGAACUUGGCAUGGGCUUCCCAAGCUUUAUGCAUGCUCUUUGACCUGUGACUUCACACCUUCAGGAAGACAGGAUCUUUUUUAAUUUCAGCAGUCAGGAGUGUUUUGAGCCACCUACUGUUUGAAACAGUGCGACCAGCACUCUUAUUAAAGUUUCUCCUUCCACCCAGCUCCUACUCAAGUUUCCACUCUCAUCAAUUGGAAAGACACCUGUGUGCUUUUGAGGAAAACCUUUCAGGGAGAAGAGGUGGCUUGGAGCCAUGCAUAGGCACAUCCUGCCUAAAAGCCAACCACCUCUGCUGAUAUGACCUUCCCACUCACAAGUUGCAUGCAUUUUUCAAGGUAGGGCACCCAGCCUCUGCUCCUACCUCUACUCUGUGCUGGUGUGGCCUCACUUUGAGUGUUAUGUACAGUUCUAGGCACCUCAAUGUAAGAAAGGUAUUAAGCCAUUAAUGUCCAAAGGAGGGCACUGAAGACAGUGGAGAGCUUUGAGGGGAAGCCAUUCAAGCAGUGGCUGAGGUCAGUUGGUCUGUUCAGUCUGGAGGAGACUUGAGGGGGGAUUGGGGUUUCCAACAUCCUCAUCAGGGGAGAUGGACUGGCAAGUGCUGAUCUCUUCUCUGUGGUGACCAGUGACAGGACCUGAGGGAAUGGCCUGAAGAUGUGUCAGAGGUGCUUUAGGUUAGGUAUUAGGAAAAGGUUCUUCACCCAGAGGGUGGAUGGGCACUGGAACAGGUCCCCCAAGGAAGUCGUCACAGCACCAAGCCUAUCAGAGCUCAAGAAGCGCUUGGACAAUGCUCUUAGGCACACAGUAUGAUUCUUAAGGGUGUCCUGUGUAAGGAAGGAUAAGAGUCGGACUCGAUGACCCUGAUGGCUCCCUUCCAACUCAGCGUACUCUGCGGUUCUGUGACCGGAACAUGGCUUGGGCCCAGGCCUGUCGGGGGCUCCGGACCCCCCUUCGCCGGCCCCGCGGCCCGGGGGAGGGAAGGAGGGGGCGGCCGGCACCGUGCCCGGGUGAGCAUCCCGCACGCAUGCGCUAAGAGCGCGGCGCCCCCGCUCGGCUCCGCUCGGGCUGCACUCGGCUAUUUCCGCCUCUUUGUUUUAAACUCCGGGCCGAGCCCUUUAAAUCCCCCUUUUUUCUUUUUAAAAUUUUCUUGGGAAAGGAAAGAGGGGCCGGUGUUUCCCUCCGCCUCGCGCUUCCGGCUCCUCUGCUCUCUGCCCUGCGGUGGCGCUCGGAGAAGGACAGGCCGGGAAGCGGAGGGCCGGCGGCGGCGGGGGCAGCUCCCGCUGUAGCCCCGAGCGGCGGCCGCGCCCCCCCUCGUCAGAAUACGGAAUUGAAAUACUCAGUGUGGCGGGAACUAACUGGACUGAAAUCCUUACGUACUACUGAAAGUUUGAUUGAAGUUCGUAGAGACCUGAAGUUUUGCAAUCAUACCGAAGAGUCAGCAUUGUAGGAACAAAUAAACCAGCAGACUCAGAUAUUGAUUUCAGGAUUCAAAAUAGAAGAGGUCUCUGGAUGGCAGACUCUGAAAAGAAAUGCUGUUUUAAGAGGAAGCAAUUCAAGUUUUCUGCAAAGUCUGAGCAUUUAUGUUAUCUGACUGAACUGACAUCUUGACACCAAAGAUGCUAACAAGGAAGAUUAAGCUUUGGGACAUUAAUGCCCAUAUAACUUGUCGUCUGUGCAAUGGGUACCUGAUUGAUGCUACUACUGUAACAGAAUGCUUGCAUACUUUCUGUAGAAGCUGCCUAGUGAAAUAUUUGGAGGAAAAUAACACCUGUCCAACCUGUAGGAUUGUUAUACAUCAGAGCCACCCAUUACAGUAUAUUGGUCAUGACAGAACAAUGCAAGAUAUUGUUUACAAACUUGUGCCAGGCCUCCAAGAAGCGGAAAUGAAAAAGCAAAGGGAGUUUUAUCACAAACUGGGCAUGGAAGUUCCAGGGGACAUCAAAGGGGAGACAUGUUCUACAAAACAGCAUCUAGAUUCUCAUCGAAAUGGUGAAACUAAAGCAGAUGAAAAUAUAAAUAAAGAAACUUCAGAAGAAAAACAGGAAGAAGAUAAUGACUACCAUCGAAGUGAUGAACAGGUAAGCAUCUGCUUGGAGUGCAAUAGCAGCAAACUGCGUGGAUUGAAACGAAAAUGGAUUCGUUGCUCUGCACAAGCAACAGUCUUGCAUCUAAAGAAGUUUAUUGCCAAAAAACUCAACCUUUCUUCCUUUAAUGAGCUGGACAUAUUAUGCAAUGAAGAGAUUCUUGGCAAGGACCAUACGCUCAAGUUUGUAGUUGUUACUAGAUGGAGAUUUAAGAAAGCACCUCUACUGCUACAUUAUAGACCCAAAAUGGACUUGCUGUAAGGGAACUUUAUUGUCCUUCUGGACAGAGCUUUUUGCAGAGACUAUCAUCUGGCACCUUCUUAGUGCAUCACUAAUCACAUGACACAAACCAGCUGAAUAAUUUUGGAAGACUGGAGGGCUUUCAUAGUGGGCUGUCCUGAAUAUUUCUUCUAGCGAUGUGUCACCUAGACUUCUGGGCAGACAAUAUUUAUACUUUUUUUGUAUGGAAGAAAGAAGUUUCAACUCAGCAUGACACUACCAGCAUUAAGUUUACAGAUACUGAAAACACUUCACAGUUCCAUGUAGCUCCGCCUGAUUUGUCUCUUACAGUUACACACAGAAAAAAGUUUGAGUGUUGUGGGGUGAUAUAAAUAUGUUGCUUUUGACACCAAGUUGCAUUUAGUUACUUCUCGCAUUCUAAAUCUUUAAAAACUAUAUUUUUGCAAAGUGUUAUUGUCUUAUAUAGUGUGCCUGAUUGCAUUGGCUUUAUUCAAAUUAUUCUGUAGAGCAUUGAACAUACCUGAUAAUACAGCGACUGGUGAUAAUUUAUUAUGCUGCAUUGAAAACUUAAGAAAAUCUGGCAAACCAGUAAAUUUGUCAUUUUUGCCCAGUUAUUGCUCUCCUCACCUUGUGUUUUAAUAAAGUUUUGAUACUUCUGUAUACGUGCUAAUUUGGUAAGACUAAUAGAAAUAGUUUCAGUUGAUUUUAAUGUGCUGUGAUAUAUAUUUUGGUAUGGUAUAAUUUGCACCACGUAAUGACAAAUACUCACAAGUGCUAGAUUUGUGAAUUUCUUAAAAAAUAAAUAAUUCUUUUGUAUUUGUGGCUUGCAGAAAUCAGUUUUUAAUUUAGAGAAAAUUUGCUAUCACUAGCUAUUGAAAAAGUGGCGCUUGGACAACUUUGAGAGUAUUGCAGAUUUUUCAUUUCACUGAUUAAAACUUACAGGCAGCUUUAAAUUUCUUUAGCUGUUUUCUUAUGAAACCAUAGCGCUCUUAAUGCAAUUCCUAACUUACAUAAGGUGGGGAGGAAGGGGAGUCAAGACAAGAUUAUUUUAGCACCUUUUGGCCUUAACUAGUAAUUUUGCUUGCAUCAGCCCUAAUGGAUGCUAGGUAAUACACAUUAAUACAUGUUUGGGUACAUACAUUUAUAUACACAUGUAACUAUGUAUGUUAUAGAAAGCACCCUCAAUGGCACUUAGCAGGGCUCACUGCACUUUUUUUGUAAGGCUUUUGGAAAGAAUUGACUUUUAAAAAACUGUAGUUGAAAGUGAUUUCUGCAAGCUAUAUCUGCCAUAUAUCAUCCACAGUACAAUUGUAAGAACAUUUGUCUGGUGCAGGUGUGAAGUCACUGAAAACACUGUAUUACUGCCAGCUGGAAAUAGUUAACCUAAUUUUUGGGAGAGUUUUCUUGUCAGCUGAAAAUGCUAGUUGCUAUUCCUAUUAUUAAACCCUGUUAUUUUUUGAUAAAUUGUCUUAGGAUAAGAAGCCCUGCUUCCUCUUGCUGUGCUCCUUUGCUUCUUCUGCUAGGAAGUGUUACUUGGUAACCGGAAGGUGAUUCUAUAAGAGAUUUAUCUAAGCAUUUAAAGUAUUCUUCCUCUUGAUUUUUCAAAGCGUACCUUCCUCAGCACAUUUCCCUUAAUUUCCUCUCUGGAGUCUUCAGUUCUUCUUUCCCAGCUCUGCUGCUGCUUGUGCUUACCUUUGACAACAGGGCUCCUUUUUGAUUACAGUCACAGAUGUGAGUAGGAAGGAAAUGAAAAAAAAAAAAAACAAAACUAUGUGAGCAGAGAAUGAAAGGGAGCCUCCUGAGUUGUGGAGUUGGAAAGGAGAGCCACACAAAGGCCACACAUGCUGCUGGCCUUGCGGGUGAAAGUCUAAGAUAACUGCAUUUGAAUGUUUAGGUUACACAGAACUCCACAUCUGGUUCUUGUGUGGUGUUCGUGUGCAUGUCUGUGAUUCAUGGAAUCAAAUUUGGCUCUGAUUUUUGUCUUGCUGUUUCUGUAUUUUCAGCUUUUUUUCUGUCUUUAGCAUUACUUGAUCUGGCAGAAAAGAACAAACAAGUUCAUCUGUCUACCAUUUUUAAAACUUUUCAUGAAAGCAGUCUAUGCAGGUGGUAUGGAUGUGUACACAAGCUGAUAUACUGGGCCUCUCUGGAGCUGUUUCUUACGUGAUUGUUACUGUUCUAGUGUAAGUAAGAGUCUGGCUUUGCCACUGAGGUCCUGAGAAUGUGGACAGGACUGUAAGGGUCCCAGCUCUGUGCACCCAGAGUAUACACGCAGUGGCUGCACCUGAUGUAGACAUUAAACUAAAGCUGCCAGACAGCAUUCUGAUUAACCACCUUAAUCAGAAUAUAUAUAUAUAUAUAUAUAUACACACACACAAACAAAAUUAUAUAUACAUAUACACAUAUAAAUGAGAUCUGUCUACCUCAAGUGUGUGUACUGCAGAAAACUUUUGUAUGACUAGAUAUUGAUGCAGUGCUGUUAAAGUACUUUGGGAUUUCAUUUCUUUCUUGUGUACUUGAGCAACUGAGAAAUUAAUUACGAACACACAAAUUCAGAAGCCUUUCAAAUCUAUCUCUUGCUGUAACAACUUACAAUACAAAACGUAUAAGUUUAUAACCAUAUUUAGAAUCACUUGAAUUUGUUAUGGUGCUAUCAGUAUAUAGAAAACUCUGUUUAUAUGGAUACAUAAAUUCAAGCCAAUAUUAAUACCUAUAGCUGGGGUUUUUGCUUGUAAUUGUGUGUAACUGCUUUUGCAAUGUGUUUAAUCUGAUAAAAACACACCAGUAAAAAAAAAAAAAAAAACAGGAAAAAACCCAGAAAAACAAAACAAAAAAAAAACCAAAAAAAGACCAAAAAAAAAAAAAAAAAAAAAAAAGAAAACCAAACAAAAAAACCCCCAAACCAACAAAAAACCCCAGAGUUACUUAGUUGUUUUUCUAAAUCACAUGUGAUAACAUCUUCACUACAAAAAUUGCCCUCAGGAAUGGUGUGACUGUAUCUGUACCAUACAUUAGUCUCACUAAAAGACUACAGUGUAGAGCGAGGUCUUCUUUGGGUCAGAGCCUUGUUUAAUUUCUGUGACACUUAAGAGACAAUUUAUAUCAAGAUUAUAUUGGGUAAAGUAACCCUGAUACUAUUGAAAAUUGAACUGAAAUUUGGACUUGGCCAUAGAUAUUUCUUAGUCCUGAUGAGGUCAUGGUAGUUGAUUUUGGGUUUUGUGAAGAUGCCAUUACUGUGAAGUAGUUUUUACAAUUUCUUAUGCUGGUAAAGAGUUGCAGUAAGGAAGUAUCUUGUUGCAUUAUCCUCAGCAGCAGUGAGACUGAUGAAUCACCUGGGCUUAGAGUCUCAUUAAGUAUACUUUCAUUAAAAAUAAAGAAUUCAGAUAGAAUAUAUAAUAUUGAAUUUAAAUAAGAUUUGGGGGUUUAAAUUUUAACUUUAUAAAAUUAUUUAUUCUAUUUUAAGCCUUCUGUCUUAUUUUACCAUCCAAGUAUCUUUGGUUUUAGUGGUCCAGCUUUAUUUACAUAUAAAUGGAAAUUGUAAGAUGUUUUUACAAGCUUCUUCCUUUUACAUUGAGUUUGGCUAGCUUUCAUUUGUAUGUUUUUGUUUUGUAUGGAUAAAGAGCAUUACUUAUGCUUUUGUGCAAUAGGUUUGAAACAUGCAUUUAUUAGGCUUAUGUUUAAAUUGUAUGUUUAAAUGUAGCAUCUAUUUACCAUUACAUUUAAAAGGAAUGUAGAUGGCUUUUCUCACUUGUUCAAAUGGAGUUUUAUUUGGGGCUGUUAUUUGGGGGUGGGCGUGUGUGUUUUAUGCUUUGUUCCAUUUUUUAUUCCAAGAGUGAAAUGGGGGAUUUAAAAUUUCUGUAAGUACAAGAACUAUCUGUCAGCAAUAUUUUAAAAUAAACGAUCUUGCAAGAAACCUUAAUGUGAAUUGUAGAAGCAAUCAACAAGACUUGCAGCCUAUCUGAAAAUGUUUUGUGCCAUUGUUAGGUCUGGUAUAUUUGUGUACUGUCACACCUGGGAAUAUUUUUUUCUACUGGUUGUGCAAUAGUAUACACAACACUGUCACUCAGGAGAUAUGGGACCGUAAAAAACAUCAGACUACAGCUAUGAUGGUGCUAUUUUUUCCAAUAGGCUAUGAGCCUUUGAAAGCUUAUCUGGCUCUUACUGUCUUUAUAACAACACAGUCCUAGGGGAUUUACAGGUUUUACAGAUUUUUUUUUUCUACUAGAUGAUAAAUAUAACUUGCUAUUUUACAGCAUUCUGCAUAUUACAUUGAGAUAAAUAUAAUAGGAAAAAGCCAACCAGUCUGUACAUCAGUGAGAUGAAUCUUAGAUACACAUUUUGUACAGAAGGCUUUACUGAACAGAAAAAUCAAGUUUCUACUUUUCCUCAGGUAAUCACUUCAGUUUGGAUGUUUCACUGAAACCAUGAAUGCAAUUUUAGUUAGUCUGCCUAAAGUUGGUAACAGAACUUGUUUCACACACAAGUCUCCCUACAUAAGAUAUAAUUAGUUGUUACUUGGAUCUUGAGAUCCGUUUUUGAACAAAAAGCUGCAGAGAACAACACUAAAGAACAUGGAACAAUGCUUCAAUCUCUGCGCUCAUCAAAACUUGCAAUCAGGACAAAAAUUACUUAGGAACUUGACUCUUGUGGCAAGUCAACAGGUAAUGUUUUACCUGUUUAUUUGUAUACAAAUUAAAGGUAUGACUCUACCAUUUGUUCCAUAUUUUAUCCUACUCAGAGUGUUUUGGAAAUCUUUUGAAGCCACAAUGACCUGUCCAUGUCCUGGAGGUAGGGUAGGAACUAAAUGUCCAAUUCUAUGAACAUUUACAUUGGUAACUUUACUAAUAACCCGGAUGGUUCCACAGAAACCAAUGGGAUCAUUCAUUCAAACAGAGGUAUGGCUGAAGGAAGAACUCCUGAGUUUUGAGUACUGAUAUUCAACUAUUUUUGUUAUUUCUGUUUGAAACAGAAAGUAUUGGUUUGAUGGAAUCUUUAAUUCAAGUGACUUAUGUGAACAAAAGGAAAGUUUAUUCUUUCCUUCUGCAAACAGGAUCAUUUUGCAGUUAAGGGACAAUUAGCCAGUACAGCCACUAAGCCUUUUAUCCUCAUAUAUGGCAUAAUAAAGAUUCUGUAACCGUCAGAGUGUAAAACCAUAUUUUUGGCUUAGCUUCAUUUAAAAGUUUACAAUUUUUUAUGCUUUGUGUUGCUGUGUAAUUUCUGUACUACUGGUGGCUAGUUUUGUCUGAAUAAGCCUUUUGGGGAUUAAUGCUUAAUGUUUUGAUUUUAUGAUAGUGAAGCUUGUAUCCAGUGUUUUGCCAAUGAAUAUUAUAUGCUUGUUAAUAAAAGCAGAGAAACUAA